AAUGGGCUUGAAAGUUAGGCCCAUAAAAUCUGCCAUUUUAUGGCUUGAGUUGAGUAGGAAGCUUUUAUUAAAUUACAAAUAAAAACUUUUAUUUAUUUUAUAUUAAGUUUGGAUUUAAGUGGUUAGAUUUAGAGUUGAAUGUGGAAGCACCGUAGCCUACUGAUUAAAAUUUAAAAGUUUUUACAUCCAAAUAUAAGGUUCAAAUCACAGAUUAUGCAAUUUCUUGUAGAUUACAGGAAAUCCAGGUUUUAAGUCCCGGAGAGAGCGAUUUAUUAAACAAUUAUGCAGAAUACGCGAAAGAAAGUCUUACAAACGUGGAUUUUCAUCAGGACGGCUCAGGUGAUGCAGUUAGGCGUAGAUCUUCAUUAAGAAGGUAGUAUUGUCGGUUGUCGAAUCGUCUAUGUAAUCUUUUUCAUAUCAUAAUUGUAAUAUCAUAAUAAAGCAGCGUUAAAAAAAAUUUAGAGUUUAAUAUUUAAGAAAUGAGGUUACAAUUAGAGUUUAUGGUUUGGACUUUGGAGUAAUUAAAUAUUUUUACUCUUUAAUUAAUUACAUUUUGAGAGUUUGUUUGUAUGCUAUUUUUGUCAUAAUGUUGGGCUUAUACAACAAGCAUUUUGGACCUGUCAUGUGCAUACCAAAGCUUUUCGCGCUUGCUCAGAAAUUUCAAUUGUUUUUUCUCCGCGCCCAAUUGUUUUUUUGUUUCUUACAUAUCUUUCCUGUCUGCAUUCAGAAAUCAAAUCGUUGUUGUCGGAACAACGGACAAUCGGAGAGAUGGCCGGCGAAAACGCGGCGGCGAAUGCAAUAUGUUCAAUCUGCUACGAAGAUCUAAAACCGGUGGCUGAGAAUCUGCAAUCGAUCUCCGCCUGCGGCCACGUCUUUCACGAGCUAUGUUUGCAGCAAUGGUUCGAGUACUGCCCGAGCACGAACAAGCGAAACUGUCCGAUUUGCAAGCAGAAGUGCCUCCUAAAGGAUCCUUUCCGGCUCUACUUUCAAUCUUCCGGGAACCAAACCGAUUCGAUUGCAUCGCAGAAAGUCGAGGAAGAUCCGGUCUUGUUGAGAGGAGAAGUGAAGCGGCUCCAAGGGAAGAUACAGAACCUUACUUCAGCUCUGGAGGGACAGCAAAAGAACAAUCUUGAAGUCUCCGACCAGUUGCAUCAAUGCAAGGAACAAUUGAAGGAGGACAAAGCAAGAAGGUGGGAGGCUCUACAAGAGAUAUCAACCACCCAACACUUGCUUAAACUUAAGUCAGAGGAAUGUGUUCAGCUUACUUCCAAGUGCGCCAAGCUACAAGACAGAACUAUGGCUCUUGCCAAGGAGCUCGCCGCACUUAAACUGGUUUCCGAUCUAAGCUUGGAUGAAGAUGAUGUUAUGAAGCUCGCCAUGCUAGGGAAUAAUACAAAGACCAAAGAUACAAUAGAUACACUUGUCAAGUCCUUGGUUAUUCGAAACAGGAGUUAUAAAGAGUUGCUGGCCAAAUGUAAUCAGCUGGGUAGAGGAGAAGCUCGGUCUUCUGAGAAACUUGAGAAAGCUAUGGAAAAGAUGGAUAGACUAAAGAAGCGAGUGAGGGAACUUGAGAUGAUCGCUGAAGAGAGUGAGAACAGAGCUCUAAGGGAUAUAAAAGUUUCAAAGAACUGCAGUGACAGACAAGUCUCCAAGCCUGCAACAGAGAGCUUUGUUUCUUUUAGAAUGCCUCCAUCAGGCAACAUAGUGGAGAAAAUCUCUACACCACUCGGUCAGUUUGAGAAGAAUGAUGGAUUAACCAAUCAGGAAUCGUGCUCAAGGGGAAGAGGAGACUCUAUUCCUGGCAAACAGGAGUCUGUUAUCGAGAUAGAUGAUGAUGUUCCUGAAACCACAAAUUCUGGCUUCAGACAUUCGGAUUCUGUUAUGAAAGAUGAGAAGAGUGAAGAUAGUAGUGUUCAUGAUGAUCCGGUGGUCAAGGAUAUAAAGUUUAACAUCAGAGAAAGUCCGGCAUCAUCAUUCUCAACUCGGAACAAUGGUGCUGGAGACAUUUGGUUGUCAAGUGGGAAAAAUCAAAAUCUCAGAAGAUGGGAAACGAAUCCUUCACUAGGAGGUUAUGUCUCAGGCAAGAAUGAUCUAAUCUCUGUUGGACCUGAUGGCAAAGGUGGAAGAAUCAAGGUGUUGAGAUCCAAACCCCAAUUUUCUAACGCCAAUGCAAGCUCAGGAAGUGGCAAGAGAUUCAAGGUUGGAAGUAAAACAAGUGGUUCGUCGUCUCAAGGGUGUCUGCAGAUCGAACAUUUUUUUGGGAAAUCCAAUCGCUAAAAUUUCGAGGCCUGAAUGAGAAUCUUAACUUUUUGGAAGAAAGAAAAAAAACUCCAAAGCCACCCCAUGUAUUGAUACAAAUGUAAUAACAUGCAAAUAAAAACAUGACGAUUUUGUUCUUGAUAA